AUGACUUCAUUCGACUUCUCCUCGCUCAAGCUGGUCGACCUCAACCAGCCGAGCCUCUACAUUUCCGCGGCUGCAAUCGCGUUCAACCCCCUCUUCUGGAACAUUGUUGCUCGCCAAGAGUACAACAACAAGCUUCUCACCAAGCUCUUUGGCGGACGCUCGCAAACCGCCUGCUAUGCCCUCGCCGCUACCAUCUUCUCCCUCGGCCUCCUGCGCGACUUCCUCUACGAGCGCGCCCUGCGCGACCAGCCCGUAUACCCACUACUUGACACCCCCGAGGUGAAAUGGCUCGCUUACGGACUUUUCGCGAGCGGCAACCUCCUCGUGAUCUCGUCGACGUGGCAGCUCGGCAUCACCGGCACAUUCCUGGGUGAUUACUUCGGCAUCCUCAUGGACAGCAUCGUGACUGGCUUCCCCUUCAACAUCACUGACGCGCCCAUGUACAAUGGCUCCACCUGCUCGUUCCUCGGUACUGCUCUCUACUUUGGCAAGCCCGCCGGCAUCCUCUUGACCGCGUGGGUGUUCAUCGUCUACCAGAUCGCCCUGAGCUAUGAGAAUCCUUUCACGGCCGGCAUCUACGCCAAGCGUGACAAGGAACGGGCCGCCGGCAAGAUCGAGGGCAAGAAGUCGCAAUAA